GGUUUUGGGGUGGUGAGGGGUUGGUGGCAGUAUGUGGCGCGUUUGUGCUCGAGGGGCCCAGAAUGUAACCCCGAAGACAGGACUUGGGGCUCGGUGGACGGCCUUGCGGGAGGGACCUGGAGCUCCACGCGUGACCCCACGGUCUGUCCCGGCUCCAGUUCGUUGCAAUAGUAACGGGUAUGGUGGGGUCCGGGCACUGUGUGGCUGGAGCCCCAGCUAUGGGGUCACGCCUCGGAACCACUUACUGCUGCAGCUUUUGGGAUCGCCCAGUCGCCGCUGUUACAGUCUCCCUCCGCAUCAGAAGGUUCCGUUGCCUUCUCUUUCUCCUACAAUGCAGGCAGGCACCAUAGCCCGUUGGGAAAAAAAAGAGGGGGAAAAAAUCAAUGAGGGUGAUCUAAUUGCAGAGGUUGAAACUGAUAAGGCCACAGUUGGAUUUGAGAGCCUGGAGGAGUGUUAUAUGGCAAAGAUACUUGUUGCUGAAGGUACCAGAGAUGUUCCGGUUGGAGCAAUCAUCUGUGUCACAGUUGCAAAAGCUGAGGAUAUUGAGGCCUUUAAAAAUUAUACGUUGGAUUCCUCAGCAGCGCCUACCCCACAAGCAGUCCCUGCACCAACCCCUGCUGCUGCUUCUGCUCCGCCACCUACACCUGCUCAGGCUCCUGGUAGCUCAUAUCCCACUCACAUGCAGGUACUUCUUCCUGCCCUCUCUCCCACCAUGACCAUGGGCACAGUUCAGAGAUGGGAAAAAAAAGUGGGUGAGAAGCUAAGUGAAGGAGACUUAUUGGCAGAGAUAGAGACUGACAAAGCCACUAUAGGUUUUGAAGUACAGGAAGAAGGUUAUCUCGCAAAAAUCUUGGUCCCUGAAGGCACAAGAGAUGUUCCUCUAGGAACUCCACUUUGUAUCAUUGUAGAAAAAGAGGCAGAUAUAGCAGCAUUUGCUGACUAUAGGCCAACUGAAGUAACAGAUUUAAAAUCACAAGUACCACCACCAACCCCAUCCCCAGUGGCUGCUGUUCCUCCAACUCCCCAACCUUUAGCCCCUACUCCUUCAGCCCCCUGCCCAGCUACUCCUGCUGGAGCAAAGGGAAGGGUGUUUGUUAGCCCUCUUGCAAAGAAGUUGGCGACAGAGAAAGGGAUUGACCUUACACAAGUGAAAGGGACAGGACCCGAUGGUAGAAUUACCAAGAAGGACAUUGACUCUUUUGUGCCUGCUAAAGCUGCUCCAGCCCCAGCAGCUGCUGUGCCUCUCCCGGGUCCAGGAGUGGCUCCAGUUCCUACAGGUGUCUUCACAGAUGUCCCAAUCAGCAACAUUCGUCGAGUUAUUGCACAGCGAUUAAUGCAAUCAAAGCAAACCAUACCUCAUUAUUACCUUUCUAUUGAUGUAAAUAUGGGAGAAGUUUUGUUGGUACGGAAAGAACUUAAUAAGAUGUUAGAAGGGAGGAGCAAAAUUUCUGUCAAUGAUUUCAUCAUAAAAGCUUCAGCUUUGGCAUGUUUAAAAGUUCCUGAAGCAAAUUCUUCUUGGAUGGACACAGUUAUAAGACAAAAUCACGUUGUUGAUGUCAGUGUUGCUGUCAGUACUCCUGCAGGACUCAUCACACCAAUUGUGUUUAAUGCACAUAUAAAAGGACUGGAAACUAUUGCUAAUGAUGUGGUUUCUUUAGCAACCAAAGCAAGAGAGGGUAAACUACAGCCACAUGAGUUCCAGGGUGGCACUUUUACAAUAUCUAAUUUAGGAAUGUUUGGAAUUAAGAAUUUUUCUGCUAUUAUUAACCCACCUCAAGCGUGUAUUUUGGCAAUUGGUGCUUCAGAGGAUAAACUGGUUCCAGCAGACAAUGAAAAAGGGUUUGACGUGGCUAGCAUGAUGUCUGUUACGCUCAGCUGUGAUCAUCGGGUUGUAGAUGGGGCAGUUGGAGCCCAGUGGCUUGCUGAGUUUAGAAAGUACCUUGAAAAACCUAUCACUAUGUUGUUAUAACUAACUCAAGAAUUUCUAGAUUCUCCCAGGUCACAUUGGUUCCUUCUUACCAAGAUAUUUAUAUAUGUUAUUAAGCAGGUGGUUCAUUUUAUUUUAACAUUAACCAGUUAUUUUUAUUAUUGAGUUUGUCCAGAUAAGUUAUUCGUUAUGAACAUUACUGAAUUUUUUAAAUGCCUGUUAUAACCAAAUAUUGUGCACAUUUGAUAAUUAUACACCAGAUUUCAAGCUGUCUGUUCCUCAUCAAGGGCCAUUUGGCCUACCCCUUUUGCCGAGGGCCACGUGGCCUACCCUUUUGGUGAAAAGUACUUCCACUAGGAAAUGUAGGAUGAGUCAAAUUGUGGUUCCCAGCGACAGGUACCUAAACGUAGUAACCCAUGUGAAACCCUGAAGUUCUAAAAUUUAACUGUGUAAAUUAACUGCUUAGAUGUUAGAGAAAAAGAAGUUAGGAAAAUUAUUCUUUUGGGGGACAGGUUUGAAUUGAAGCUUGAGUUUCUAAUUUAAUCCUGGUUUAAAUCUUUCUAUUAUAUAAUUUUGGUUUAUCAUGGAUGGGAAGGGUAAAGAAUUUAAAAGAAAAAAGCAAAAUUUUUAAAUUCAACAGUUUCUUAGGUUUCUUCUAUUAUUGUUUAUUUUUUCUAUAAAUCUCUAAAUAGUUGUUUUUCCCCUCUUGAGAUAAUAUAAACCAGCUACUUGUUGUAAAUGAGAAUUUGUGUGGGUAUUUAUUUAAACGUGUAUGUGUAAUUCAGAGUUCAGAAUUUUAUAGUUCUUUCCAAAUAAAAGAACAUGCUUGUAAAUUUAAUAGAAGUUGUGAAAGUAGAAUUUUCCCUCUAGGGUUAAUUGGUAGUUGAUUGCAAAUGAACUGAAUAAUCAGAAGUUAUUACUCAAAUCUCUGGAAAACUGUCAAAUACGUAUGGAAUAUAUAUAGAAUAUGUGUAUAUAUGUAAAAUAUGGCUACUAGAGUUGGAUAUGUGCCAAAGUCCAUUUAUCACCAAGUCCUGUCAGAAAAGAACAUGGGGAGAGAUACAAAGGGGAACAGUUUGGAGUGCUAAAAAAUGGUAAUUUCUACUUGGAUAAAACAAAAAAGUUAAGUGUAUGUUAAAAAGUGUGUCUUUCCACUCCAGCAUUGCCUCAUGUAGAAUAAGAAAGCCCUAAAAUCCUGUUAGAAAGAAAAAAUUAAGCCCAUUACUUUAUCAGCCUAAAUGCAUUUUUCCAUUUAGUCAUGUUUUUGCCUUUCUUUUAGAGUGAAGGAGGUGGUGAUAUUCAGGAUAAUAAAAAUGAAUUGGGAACAUUAUCAAUUCCAGAAUUUCUACUGAUGUGUUUUAAUAAAUGUUUGGAAUAAUUUAUGACUAUUUAAAAUAAAUCGACUAGUGUUUUCUUAUAUGUGUGAUA